CCUGCACUACCAGCCGAGAUUGCCGAGCUCGUUAUGGACAAAGCGGAGUACUUGCAAGGCGUGCAGCACAUUCACCAAGAGUGGUCUAGGGAAGGGUACAAUCAGAUCGAUUUUCUGAAACUUACAAUGCCUCGAAGCAGCGAUGGAAAUUCAAUCCGAGUGAAAGCGAUUCAAGUCCUUCGUGAACAGUCCGAAGCCAAAUCGGGCCGUUUCGAUCUGAUUGUUCGAGACGAGCAAGGUGCUGUUCGAUACGUAUGGGCUGCAGAAGCGCUUGUCGUCGAUUCGAACAUUCAGCUGGUGACAAUUUCGCCAACAGACCAUCCUGUCAUCCGCCAACUGCGCGCGGGUUGGGAGGUUGAAGUUCCACUCAGUCAGUAUUGCAGUUUUGUGCGAUUUGCGUCGCUCUCUGUCGGGUAUAUCGAACGACAA